CAUGUGCAUCAUAUAUCUGCAUUCGCAAAAUAUUGCCGGCUCUAUUUUUGUGUUUAAAAAAAAAGAUAAUAAAUCAUAUUAAAAAAAGCAAAUUAUAAUUUAUAACUAUAAAACAAUUCUUCCAAAAUUAUGAACUUGUUAUUAACUAGACAAAUGAAGCCAUAGACUCAUUAUACAAGUCGCCUCCAAACUCUUUUUUUUCUGUUUUAAUCUUAUCUGGUUUCGACAAAGUUAUUGAUUAGUAUAGAAAGAAUUCUUGAUAUUCUUUGGAAAAUAUGCGAGUUCUUGAUGGAGCAUACAAGGACUGUCGUCGAGACAAAGGGGUUAAUAUAUUCGAAGCUGCUUAUAACAAACGAAGUGUUCAUCAUAUUUCUGAGAUAUGGGGUGUUGUUGUCAUCAUUGGAAUUCUAGCUUUAGGAGCUGUUAGCAGAUACAAUUACUUGGAGAAUCUUCCAAGAGGUUUAGGGAACUCGCAACUAAUGCAACAACCGAAUUCCUUUAUUGCCGAGAGAGCAUGGAAAGAUUUGAAGAUUCUUACUAGUUUCGGACCACGUCCGACUGGAGCAUAUAGCAAUGAAGUUUUAGCUGUUGAUUUCUUGAGAAGAGAAAUAUCUUAUAUUAAGCAAAUGGCUAAUAGAAAUCAGAGAAUUGAAUUGGAUGUUCAGGUUGUUAGUGGUGCAUUUUGGGUGGAUUUCAAACCUUAUGGAAUGACGACGGUUUAUAGAAAUGUGCAAAAUGUUGUUGUUAAACUUCAUGGCGAGAGUUCUACGAAAGGAAAUCAUUCGCUAUUGAUUAAUUGUCAUUUUGAUUCAGUUCCAGGAAGUCCGGGUGCAAGUGACGAUGCAGGAAGUUGUGUUGUUAUGUUGGAAAUUCUACGAGUUCUUUCGAGAGGAAGUAUGCUUAAUAAGCACUCAAUUAUCUUUCUUUUCAAUGGAGCUGAAGAGGUUGGACUGAAGGCUUCACAUGGAUUUAUUACACAGCAUAAAUGGGCUAAAGAAGUCAAAUCAUUUAUAAAUCUUGAAUCAGCUGGAUCCGGAGGAAAGGAAGUUCUCUUCCAAACUGGUCCAAACACACCAUGGUUGGUUAAGAUGUAUGGCCGAGCAAUUCCAUACCCAAAUGCUCAAUCUGCUGCUGAAGAAGUUUUCCAUUCUGGUCUAAUUCCAUCGGAUACAGAUUUUCGUAUAUUUCGAGAUUUUGGUAAAAUUCCUGGACUAGAUUUUGCACAUGUCAUCAACGGAUACAGAUAUCACACGAAAUACGAUCAUAUUGAUUAUGUAUCACGAAGCGUACUUCAACACACGGGUGAUAAUAUUUUGGAAUUGACAAAAUUCAUUGUCAAUUGGGAGGAAUUGGGAAAUUCUGAUAAACUUCCUCCAGGUGAUGAAGUAUUUUUUGAUAUUCUUGGAUUUACAUUUAUAUCAUAUUCGAUGGAUUUUGCUAAUAUAUUCAAUUAUGUCGUGGUAACAUUGGCUGUAUUGCUUCCAUAUUUAUUUCUAUCGAGAGCUACAAGAGGAAUUAACAAGAAACAUCUGCGAUUUGAAAUAUUUUUGGGAUUUUUAAUAAAUGUAAUAAGUUUUGUUGGUGGUUUAGCGAUUUGUUAUGCAAUUGCAUAUGAUUUGGAUUUAAUGGGAAAGUCGAUGGCAUGGUACUCAAACACUUUUCUCUGUGUGCCAACUUAUUGUCUAGCAACUGUUUUCUUUCAGUGUCUUGUGCAUCUCGUCUUGAGUAGAAAUAAUAAGGCUCCUCUUAGCCUAGCCCUCCAAACACAAGCUCGACUUACAGGAACAAGUAUGUUUUGGGGUCUCUUAGCUGCUGCCCUCACAGGAGCUGGCAUACGCACUGCAUAUGUUUUGAUUGUACCUUUAGUCAUAACUCUUUUCACAAAUCUUGCAAUUGGUUUCCUCGGAUAUCAAAAUUCAAUUCGCAGUUGGCUCUAUGUCCAUCUUGGUGGUCAAAUAUUUGUUAUAAUUUGGGCAACGCAUUUCUAUCAUAUGGUCGUUAGUAUGUUUAUUCCAACUGCUGGCCGUUCAGGUGGUCACAAAAACCCAGACAUAAUGAUUGCCAUGAUUUGUGGAUCUUUAACAUUCUUUGCAACAAGUUAUGUUACUCCACUGGUUAUACUUUUAAAAAGAUGCAAAAGUUUAUUGAUUUCGCUGUUUGCUGUCUACGUUAUUACGAGAUUUUAUUUUAUUUCUUUUACACAUUACGGAUUUCCAUAUCGAGAUGAUAGGGGAGGUGCUCCAGCUGUUCAAAGGCAUUAUAUAACGCACACAGUGCGUACAUUAUACGACAAAGAUGGUAACAUACGAUAUACUGACUCUGGAUUCUGGAUGAGUGACAUGGAUCGUAACUGCCGUAAGACCGUAGAAAGUCUCUCAAUGCCCGAGACGCCUAUACCACAUGAAUUCAAUAUUCUCUGUAAGAAUGAAGUAUUUUGUGGAUUGCCAUUUUUAACAUCCCGACAAUUGCAUCAUGGCGGCUAUUGGGUACCAGCUCCAACUCCUCUGAUCCGAGAAGUUGCAACUCUCAAACUUAUUAGCAGGGAAAAGAUUUCCCCGAAAAUUCAUCGUUUGAACUUUUUGUUAAUCGGAAGUUAUCAAUUGUCAUUACAAAUUCGUCCAAAAGACUCUGUAGUGCUGGACAAUUGGAACAUAAUGGAUUAUGUUCCCGAGGCGACAGUGUACAAUAAACAAAAAUCCCAUUUUGUUAUGAUUAGUCAUGGUCUUGAAUCAGCUCCCAUGAAUAUAACAUUAGAUUUAAAGACAACGGGUGAUAAUCAUGAAAGAUCCCUUGUUGACAUAUCUUUGGUAACACUCCAUUCAGAAUAUCAUAAAGAGCAUACACCAGCAUUUGCUAAUCUUUUGGCGAAAAUUCCACGUUGGGCUCAUGCUGUACCAUCAGUAGCAUCACUUGUUUCAUGGACAUUCUAAGAAUGUGAUUCUUUUGAUUAAAAUUAAAAACAAAAACAAAAAAAUAAAUAAAUUAGGCUUUAAAAAUUUAUACUCCAAGAGCAAUAAUCUUAUUAAUUA